UUUUGAAAAAAAAUAAAACUCCCUUGCGCUGUAUUUCUAUUUUUUUUUUUUUUCCUUUUUUUCUUCUUUAAAUAUAUAUACAUGAUGCUUCAAACUAGUUCACUUCCCAGAAGCUUACACGGAUUAUCUUCUCCACGUUCUACCUCUAGCUCUCGUACAACACGAGUUCUUGAAGAGUUGCAAGAGAAUUUAGAGAUGAUCCAAAAGGAAAUCAAGAGCACGAGAGCACAACUUACAACUGUAUGCGAAAACAAAGAGAACAGUGAGAGAGAGAACGAGACAUUUAUCGAGAACAACAAGCAACUACGAUCGGAUAUUCAAGAAGUGAUGCAAAUCCUCGAAAGUAAGCAAGAGUUAUUAGACUCUACCAAAAAGACCUAUGUGACAACAGAGAAUAGAGUGAAACAACUCAAGGAUGAAGCCACUAGUGCUCGUAAAGAAAUGGAUGACUUGAAACGACGAGAACACACGAUAGAAAAGGAAUGUCACACCAUCACCUUGUUAAAGGAAAAACAAGUGCUUCAGAAAUUAGCGCUUGAAAAAUCAGUGGUACAGACUCAAUCUGAGUUCGACACCGAAUUAGCUACUUUAUAUGAAGAAUUGGAUCAUAUUCGCUCCCAAAUCAUCAAAUUACAAAACACAGAUAUCACUUCUGCUGUCAAAUUAUCCCUAGAGAACCAACACAAGGAAAGAGAGCUCGUCCUGCAAGACUAUACUUCCGUUCAAGCUCAGAUUCAAUCCAAUCAUCAAGCUUUCAUCGAUAUGGUCAAGGCUGAAUUAGCUUCCCUCAUGGAAGAACUACCAGCACUCGAGUCCACUUCUCUCGAGACUGAUUUAGAUAACUGCAAGCAGGAUGUCCACUCGUUGGUAUCUCGUGUCAAAUCAUCCUCCUCUUAAAAAAAAGUAAACUGUAUAAUAAAGGGCUGGAUUUCAAUUUAUUA